CGCACCGACUCCGGGGAUGCUGCCUAUCACUGAAGAGCUGCUGCGGGCCCUGGGCCUGGAGAAGACGGCCUUCCGUCUGGGCGCCGUGUCUGCGCUGCUCCUCGGCCUGCUCUUCCUGCUCUUCCGCCAGCUGCUGCGCCUCCUGCAGCGUGGCCUCGGCUUCUACCGCACCUGUCGCCAGCUGCGCUGCUUCCCCCAGCCCCCCCGGAGGAACUGGCUGCUGGGGCACCUGGGCAUGUAUCUCCCUAAUGAAUCGGGCCUUCAGGAUGAGAAGAAGGUGCUGGACAACAUGCAUCAUGUGAUUCUCGUGUGGAUGGGGCCUGUCCUGCCGCUGCUGGUUCUGGUCCAUCCUGACUACAUCAAGCCAGUGCUGGGGGCCUCAGCGGCCAUUGCCCCCAAGGACGACCUCUUCUACGGGUUCCUGAAGCCUUGGCUGGGGGACGGGCUGCUGUUGAGUAAGGGGGACAAGUGGAGCCGGCACCGCCGCAUGCUGACGCCUGCCUUCCACUUUGACAUCCUGAAGCCCUACAUGAAGAUCUUCAACCAGUGCAGCGACACCAUGCACGCCAAGUGGCGGCGCCUGGUGGGGGGCUCAGUGGCCUCCCUGGACAUGUUCGAGCACGUGAGCCUCAUGACCCUGGACAGUCUACAGAAAUGCGUCUUCAGCUACAACAGCGACUGCCAGGAGAAGCAGAGCGACUACAUCUCGGCCAUCAUCGAGCUGAGCUCCUUGGCCGUGCGGAGGCAGUACCGCAUCCAUCAGUACCUGGACUUCAUCUACUACCGCACGGCCGACGGGCGCCGCUUCCGUGAGGCCUGCGACACAGUGCACCACUUCACCACCGAGGUCAUCCAGGAGCGGCGCCGUGCGCUGAACGUCCAGGGCGCCGAGGCCUGGCUGCAGGCCAAGCAGGGCAAGACCCUGGACUUCAUUGAUGUACUGCUGCUGGCCAGGGAUGAGGACGGGAAGGAGCUGUCCGACGAGGACAUCAGGGCGGAGGCCGACACCUUCAUGUUCGAGGGUCAUGACACCACGUCCAGUGGCCUCUCGUGGGUGCUGUUCAACUUGGCCAAGCACCCAGAGUACCAAGAGAAGUGCCGGGAGGAGAUCCAGGACAUCAUGAAGGACCGGGAGCAGGAGGAGCUGGAAUGGGAUGACCUGACGCGGCUGCCCUUCACCACCAUGUGCAUAAAGGAGAGCCUGCGCCAGUUCCCACCUGUCACGCUGGUCUCGCGCCGCUGCACCCAGGACAUCCGGCUCCCUGAUGGCCGCAUCAUCCCCAAAGGCAUCAUCUGCCUGGUCAGCAUCUAUGGGACCCACCACAAUCCGAAAGUGUGGCCCGAUUCCAAGGUGUUCAACCCGUACCGCUUCGACCCAGACACCCCGCAGCAGCGCUCUCCGCUGGCCUACGUGCCCUUCUCGGCAGGGCCCAGGAACUGCAUUGGACAGAGCUUCGCCCUGGCUGAGAUGCGCGUCGCUGUAGCGCUGACCCUGCUGCGCUUCCGCCUGAGCGUGGACCGCACGCGGAAGGUGCGACGGAAGCCUGAGCUGAUCCUGCGCACGGAGGAUGGCAUUUGGCUCAACGUGGAGCCGUUGCCCGCGCGGGUCUGAGAGCUCAGCGGCUGCACCUGUGGAACGGGGGCAGG